AUGUUGUUGGUGUUGUUGCACGCGGCGGAAUAUCCACCGAGCUUUGUCCACGACGUUGCUGCCGACUCACCGAUUCGCGGUCGCAAUGGUUUAGAGACCAACCUCACUUCAGUAAAAUUUGGAUUCUUGGCUGAUUUGCGAGUUGGAUCUCAGUCCAUGAAACAAUCUUUGAUCAUGGACACCGGUAGUAGCCUGCUUUGGAUCAACUGCCAUCCGUGCGUAGCCGACGCACCCGAGCCAUUAUUUGAUCCGAAAAGCUCGACCAGUUUCGAGAUAGAAAAGUGUAUCAACACUGAUAUAUGUUAUGGAACUGGUGCAGUGAAAUUGGAAGCCGACGACAGAAGAGGCCGCAUGUCAUAUAAAGUACAGUAUGGCUCGGCCAAAAGCAAGGGAUACCUCGCUCGAGACACGUUCAAACUUGGGACGAGUCCGAAAGAAUUGGAUAACAUAGUUUUCGGUUGUUCCAGAUCUGCUAGGCCGCAGAGGCGCACAAGUACGGGCAUCUUGGGUUUCGCUGCCAAUCGACUCUCACUCGUUUCACAAAUAAAGGCUUCCAAGUUCUCCUAUUGUUUAGGGAACGUGAGUGAUGAAUCGUAUCCCUAUAGCUUCUUGAUUAUAGGGGAUGACAUCGGCGUCUUCGAGUAUAAAACUCGACUCAUUAUUGAAAACAAAUACUAUAUCAAUCUGGAAAGCAUCAGAGUUGGCAACAAAUUAGUGGCCGUCGACCCACAGAUUUUCAGAAGAAACUCCACUUACUACAGUGGCGGCAUGAUCGUGGAUACAGGUUCAACCUACACGUACAUUCCCGGAGUGGCCUUCACCAAAUUUGAAUAUCAAGUCAUCAAGCUUAUUAAGGUUGAUUCUACUGUAACUAGAAAUUAUUCCCUAGCAUAUAGAGGUCACAAGAUGCUCUGCUACAAUGGGCUCUUGACUAGGGAUUUGCAAAGAUUUCCAAAUGUAUAUUUUACGUUUGAGGGUGGAGCAACUAUGGAGCUUUCGCCUGAAAACGUAUUCUAUCAGAGGUACACCGGCAGUUUUUGCCUGGCUAUACUCCCAUCGGAUGCUGUUGAUCUCGACAGCAGCAGCCAAAGUCUUAUAGGGAAUGUGAUGCAGCAGUUCUUUCGCGUCGGCUUUGAUCUUGAAUCAAAGGAAUUUAUGUUCCAGAAGGUCGACUGUGCACGACUAGUAUAG